AUGGGCCAACAGAAUCUAUCAUCACUGACUGAAUUCAUUCUGAUGGGAGUCACAAGGCAGCCUGAGCUGCAGGCCCCCCUUUUCGGAGUCUUCCUCAUCAUCUACACAAUCAUAGUAGUGGGAAAUCUGGGCAUGAUCACCUUGACCCAAGUGGAUUCCCGCCUACACACACCUAUGUACUUUUUAAUCAAACACCUGGCUUUCAUGGAUCUUGGUAAUUCUACUGUCAUUUGUCCCAAGAUGCUGGUAAAUUUCACUGCGGAUCAAAAUUCCAUUUCCUAUUAUGCAUGUGCCACACCGUUGGCUUUCUUCCUUAUGUUAAUUAUCUGUGAAUUUUUUGUCUUGUCGGUCAUGGCCUAUGACCGCUAUUUGGCCAUCCGUAACCCUCUGCUCUACAAUAUUAUCAUGUCCCAGAGACUUUGUCAUGUGCUGGUAGGCAUUCCAUACCUCUACAGUACCUUUCAGACAUUAAUGUUCACUAUUAAGAUUGUUAUACUGACUUUUUGUGCCAUUAGUCAUUUCUACUGUGAUGAUGUUCCCUUGUUACUCAUGCUGGGCUCAAAUGUACAAAAAAUAGAAUUAUUGAUCAUACUAUUUUCAGCAUUUAAUUUGAUCUCUUCCCUUCUGGUGGUCCUGGUGUCCUACAUACUGAUUCUCAUAGCAGUAUUCCGAAUGCAUUCUGCAGAGGGCAGGAAAAAAGCUUUCUCCACAUGAGGUUCUCAUCUGAUGGUGGUGGUUGUGUUCUAUGGGUCUCUACUAUUUACGUACAUGCAGUCCAACUUCACUCGCUCCUUUGAUACCGAUAAAAUGGCCUCCGUGUUUUAUACUAUAGUGAACCCCAUGCUUAAUCCCUUGAUCUACAGCUUAAGAAACAAAGAAGUAAAAAAUGCCUUCCACAGGGUUUUUAAGAAUAAAUGCAAACUUUGUACCUAG